AUGGUCGACAUCACCGUCGAUGGCCAGUCGAAUCCGGCUGUCAUCCGGUUCGGACUCCCUCCUUCUUCUCUUCUACAAUUCCCACCCAGUGAGCUUCCUGCUACGCUGCCUGCGCCCAUUACCUCCGAGCCGACUUGGUAUCAGCCCUUCAACAUCUCUCCCGAACUAUACAACCAGCUCCUGGACGUGCGCGUUCCCAUCACCAUCGCCAGUGUCUACGCCGUCAGUGUCAUCUUGUUGAACCGGGUGAACAAGAGUCGCGGUUACAAACCCUGGGGUUUCAGUCAAACGAGGCUCUUCAAGCUCUUCGUGAUCCUCCACAAUGUCUUCUUGGCUAUCUAUUCCGCAUGGACCUUCGCCGGCAUGAUCCGCGCCUUCCGCAACUCGUGGCCCAGUCACGAUGACCCCAACUACGUCGCAGCCGUCGCAGACACUCUGUGCAAGGUCAAUGGCCCGCGCGGCUAUGGUAAUGCCGCUGUCUACAAUCCUUCUGUCGAGCAGUGGACCAUUCGGAACCCGGAAUACAAGCUGGCUGCGACGGGCGUGCCCGAUUUCACGGAUGUUGGCCGCCUGUGGAACGAAGGAUUGGCCUUCCUUGGAUGGAUCUUCUAUCUGUCCAAGUUCUAUGAAGUUUUGGACACCGUGAUCAUCCUCGCCAAGGGUAAGAAGAGCUCCACGCUGCAGACAUACCACCAUGCCGGUGCCAUGAUGUGCAUGUGGGCUGGAAUUCGCUAUGUUGCGCCUCCCAUCUGGAUCUUCACCCUGGUUAACUCCGGUAUUCACGCUCUCAUGUACACUUACUAUACCAUCACCGCUCUGCGUAUCCGUGUCCCUACCGUGAUCAAGAGGUCCUUGACUACUAUGCAGAUUACUCAGUUCGUCGUUGGUUCUGCCAUGGCUGCGUCCUAUCUCUUCAUCAGUUACACCCUCCCAGCCAGCCAGGCUGCUUUCGAAGCUCCCAUUUCGACUGCUCAAUUUGUGGCUGCCGAAGCUGCGGAGGAGGGAUUGGUGCCUUGGAUCAAGAAACUGGCUUUCCGGGCCGCAGGUGCGGAGGGCCCUGCCGAGAACGUGGGAGUUCCUGACAUCCCUGCUGCUGUUUCUGUGCAACCCCACCGUGUUGGUCCCAUGGUCACUUGCAUGGAUACCACCGGACAGGGUUUCGCGAUCUGGCUCAACGUUGUGUACCUUCUCCCCUUGACUUACCUCUUCGCUCGUUUCUUUGUCCGGUCUUAUCUGUACCGCAAGGAGCCGGGCGCUCGCCAGCCCAGCAGCAUUCAGGCCGCUGAGAAGGCUGGUUUGGAUGCCUUGAAGGGUGUCAGCCGCGAAAUCCGCAAGGCGGUCGAGGUGAACGGAGAGACCAGCGAGAGCACCGAGGAUGAGGCGCUCAACCGCGUCCAGGCGCUCCGGUCGCACAACAAGUCCCAGCAGAAGCCGGCUGUCGAGAACUCGCCCAUUCGCACACGUGCCACCACUGCCAAGCAGAAGGCCCGCGCUGUGUCCAGCGAUGCGGAUUCCGACCAGGGCUUCUCGACCGUUCCCUUAAAGAAGGGUGCCAAGAAGACCACCAAGGAGGAAUUGCAGGCCCCCCCGGUUGUCGACGCCAAGGACUCCAACCCGUUCGAGGUUCUGGAUCGAUCUGCCUAG